UAUUGGAUCGCCGUGUAACCAGAGCGUGUGAUGCGAGCGACGUCAAGGCGCGUUAGAAAAGUGGAUCCUCGUAUACCCACAAGUAGCGUUAAAAACCGCGCCCAAAAUCCAGGAACCAAGAAAUCUCAAUCGCUCCUGGGGUUCUAAUCCAACGGCCCACAAUAUCCAUCCACGUCACCAAAGCUCCUCACGCGCCCUUUUGAGGCAUGCUCUUUCCACGCCCCGGCACUUUGAAAAAUAGGUUUCAUGAACUCUUCAACCUUCUUCUGAAAGGUGCCUCUAUUGAAUUAUAUACGCUUUGGACAUAUCCAUUGAAGAAUGGCUGAUGGAUUAUCCAGCUUCUGGGGUCCUGUCACAUCCACUGAUUGGUGUGAGAAAAACUAUUUGUAUUCAGCCUAUAUUGCAGAGUUUUUCAACACUAUGUCAAACAUCCCAUGCAUUGCUUUGGCAUUCAUUGGUCUUAUAAAUGCAUUGAGACAACGGUUUGAGAAGAGGUUUAGUGUCCUUCACAUAUCUAAUAUUAUUCUUGCUGUUGGGAGUAUGCUAUACCAUGCCACAUUGCAACGUGUACAGCAACAGGGUGAUGAAACACCAAUGGUUUGGGAAAUGCUCCUGUAUAUCUACAUCCUCUACUCACCAGAUUGGCAUUAUCGGAGCACAAUGCCCACCUUCUUGUUUCUUUACGGUGCAGUAUUUGCUGUUGCUCAUGCAUUGGUCCGGUUUCAAAUUGGCUUUAAGGUACACUACAUGAUCCUAUGCCUUCUCUGCAUCCCCCGGAUGUACAAAUACUACAUCCACACAAAAGAUGUGCAUGCAAAGUGGCUUGCAAAGUUGUAUUUGAUCACUAUAUUCCUGGCGACUCUUUGUUGGCUUUCUGAUCGUGUGUUCUGUAAUAACAUCUCCUAUUGGUUCUUUAACCCUCAAGGUCAUGCUUUGUGGCAUGUCUUAAUGGGGUUUAAUUCUUAUUUUGCAAACACAUUUUUGAUGUUCUGCCGUGCUCAUCAACUGGGAUGGAACCCUAAAGUAGUCCACUUCUUGGGGCUUCUUCCCUAUGUGAAAAUUCAAAAACCGAAGAUGCAGUGAAUGAGUUUGAUAUACAAGAAAAUGAGGCUCUCUCAUCAUUUCAAGUAGUAUGGUUUUUGAAGGUAGCAAUAGUGAUCACAAUUCUUUCCUUUUGACUUGAUGGAUGUAAAUGAUAUUUUUAACUUUAGUGAUUGGUUGGGAUA